AAUUUUGCAAGGUAGUGGAAAUAAAAAUUUGAAAUUUAAGUCCUAUUGAAACAGAAAUAAAUCACAAAAAAGGGACUUGUAAACUUGGUGAAAUUAAAAGAUAAAAUUUGUUAAAAAUAGGAAAUAUAAUUUCUCAUUUUUAGAAAUAGGAAUUUCAUACUCUUAGAAAUAUCAUAUACUAAGUUUGUAUUUCGUAUUUUGAAAAAUGUAAAAAUUUCUGUGUUUCGUAUUUUAAAAAUUAUAAAUAAUGAAUUAGUCAGUUUUACUAGAUGGCACAAAUCCCUGUUAAUUAGGAAUAUAUAUAUGGUUAUCUUCGCAAUAGUUCUUUCCUGUGUAUAACGCAAUGCUAAAUUAGUGUGAUUGAUUCAACUCAACACUAUGGAACACCACUAAACACAACGAAUUACCAAUGAUAGUGGUUCAACACAAUUAAAACCCCACCACUAAGUAAUCACCUAGAUAGAAGAUCAACAAUGCCUUGCUUCACUUUAGCAAACUGGCAAUAUCUUUUAAAAGUUACACAUUCCCAUGCGUGGGCAACAGUUAAAUUUUAUGAGAAAAUGGAAGUAAAACAGUCGUCAAAUUAAUAAAAUGGUCAAUGACAAUAACAUAAAUUUUUGUUACCAGAUCAGUAAUUGCUAAAGGUUGAUACUGAAAUCCUAAUUGUAAUUUUCUUUGAAUUUUUAGGUGAAUUUUCUAAAUUAUAUACUUCUGCAAUAUUAUAUCCAUAAUGCCAGCCGAUUUAUCAUCAUAUCCACUGUCUGCCAACCAGCUAAGUAAACUUCAUGCUAAUGGUUUUGUUAACUCAAAAGAUGUGUUGGAGCUCACAGCAACUGAACUCAGCAAAGAAUUGCAAAUCACCUCAACCGAAGCAUUGGACAUUAGGAAUGCCAUCAAGGGUGAUACAGGAAUCCAAUCUUACAAUAAAUCUGCAUAUGAGUUGAUGAAAGAGGAGGAAAAAGAUACUCCGAUAGUUACAUUUUGUGCUGCUCUUGAUGAAAUAAUCGGUGGAGGAAUACCUAUUGGAAAGAUUACUGAGUUUUGUGGUGCACCAGGAAUGGGAAAGACCCAAUUUGGCAUUCAACUUUCUGUAGAUGCACAAAUUCCCGAACUUUUUGGUGGAGUAGAAGGAGAAGCAUGUUACAUUGAUUGUGAAGGAAGUUUUGUUUGUGAAAGGGUUGUUGAAAUAGCUGAUGCUGCAUGUAAACAUAUAAGCAAUGUUGCAGAGACUGAUAAAGAAAUUGAGACAGCAAGAAGAUUUAACUUUGAGUCUGUUUUGAAGGGUAUACACACAUAUCGCUGUCAUGAUUACAUACAGUUAAUUGCACUGUCUCACUUACUGCCUGAAUUUUUAACAGAACAUCCAAAGGUCAAAAUUAUCAUUUUGGACAGCAUUGCAUUUCACUUUAGACAUGAUUUUGAAGAUCUAGGAUUAAGAACAAGAUUGUUGCAUGGUCUUGUGCAAAGCUUUAUGAAAAUUGCCCAUGAACAUAAGUUAGCUGUAGUCUUUAUGAACCAGAUGACAACAAAAAUCUCUCCAACUGAAGAAUCAAGGCUAAUACCAGCGUUAGGUCAAAGCUGGGGACAUGCAUGCACAGUACGAAUUAUUCUUAAUAGUAGAAAUGGUCAAAGAUAUGCACAGUUAUUUAAAUCACCUUGCCAAGAAGAAGCUACCAUUCCCUUUGACAUAGUGAAGGAAGGUAUUCGAGACGUUCACACAGCUGAUGAGACUAUUAACAAGUCUGUUACAUCAUUGGAUGAUAGCAAAAUACAGCAGGUUCCGGAAAACAAACCUCCAAAGCGAAUGAAAAUAGAAAGCUAAAGUACAGCUCAGGUUAAUUUAAUAUGACAAACUUUAUUAUACUAUAUAUAAAAUUAUUUUUAUGGUGAUUAUAUACGUAGUUGAUUUGGUAUGUGAGGUUCAUGGAAUAGGUAGGAACUAAAAGUGCUCACAGUGGAUUUUUGAUCCUCAAAUCAAAUUUAUUUUCGUCAUAAUACACAUCGUGUUAAGAUAUAAUGUUAAUUAAAUAAUAACCAAGGACAACAACUCGGCUUUAGCAUUAUUUACUUUGAAGCAAACAGGUUAUGGUUAUCAGGGUGUUGUCCUCCUGUUUGUACAUGCAUUAACCCGUACCAACAAAAGUGUUAAAGCUGCAUGUAAAACACAAAAAAAUGUUUUCCAUCUACCUGCAAUUUAGUGUCCUUAAAUUUCUUGUUGAUAAUAAUGUCAAUAAGAUUGUACAUUAUUGUUUUUCUUCAAAUUCAGCACAAAAAAAUCUAAAUUAACUUGAUCUAUUGUUAUAAGUUACUUUAUCCUCUCAAAAUGCAUAAGAGUUGUUGAUGUUCAUGAAAUUUCUGAAAAGAUUUAUUCCUAAUCUCUUUGGAGAAAUCUUUUUUUAAAUUAUUCCCUAAAACAGUGCAUUGAUAAGUUUCAACAUGUUUCUUUAACCUUGGUGAUUAAAUAAAAGAGGUGAUUUUUUCAUUCUUGUCUACUUGCAGAAAAUUGUGAAUUUCUGUAGUGGAAGAUAUUUUUUCUAUUUUUUUAAAACUGCCUAAUGUCUAAUCAAGAGCAAUUAUUAAGAAUGCAAAAAGAAGAAAAUGAAAAAAAUAUAUUAACAAAAGGAUCGAUGUGACCAAAGUUUCAUAUGCAUCAAAUUUAACAUUUGUUAAUUAUUUUAAAAAUUCUCUUUUUCUCAUUUGUGCUGCUAUCCUGUUUGCUAUAAAUACUUUUGGUCAAGAGCUGGUAGUUCUUUAUUUGCUUCAAACAAAGAACCUUCAGAUUGAUACUUACUGACAUCUCCUACUUGAUAAUUGUUAUAAUGUUUUGAAUUAUUUGAUAGAGGUGGAAUUUUUAAUUUUGCCUCCUGUAAGGUAGUUUGGCAUGGUACACACUAGCUUCAUAAAUGUUGACAGAAGUUGUUUAAGUUAUUUUAAAAUGUGAAAACAAUCUAGACGUUUUCACAGGAGACACCCUGUGCAUGCUAUAUUUGUAUUGGCCAAUGGUUCAUUAGUUACUUCAAGUUGCAUCUAGUUAUGUGACAUUAAAAUUUUAACUUAAAUGAUGACUGUCAGCAAAAUUUUUGCUGAUGUCAGCAUGUAGUAGUAUCAUCUUUAUAGCAAAGUCUCUUCUAAGUGCAAUCAUGCACUUUGCAACAGCAUACAUCGCAAGUAUCACAAAUUGUGUCUUCACUUGAUAAAUGAUUGUGCAAUGUAGGUGACCUUGCAAUCAAAACAAGAAAGUUGUUGUUAAAUUUAUUUGUAGUUUUUCUGUGAUUUGGAAAAGGAGCUACUUUGGCAAUGGAUAGCAAAAUAUAUGUGGGAUAAUUAUCCCUCCAGAACAAUCAUGGAAUCAAAGAGGCUAGUACCCCUAAAUUCCAUUCUUCUUCUAAUUCCAACUGAAAAAGUGAAAGUAGGUGCUAUUCCAACAAUGCAGAAUGUAGAAGCUGUAACUGUUUUUGAAACAUCUUCAAAUAUUAAAGUCACGUCCUUUAAAGGUUUGUGAACUUCUAAAUAGUGUCCUUGCAUUAUAUCUAACCCUGCAUGAAAUUGGUGACCAUAAUCAUCAGUAACUGUAUCAGAAACCAUCAUUACACCUGUAAUACGGAUAGAAAUCAUCCCCUGAUCUAAUCACUACAACAUCACGAACUUGAACUAUUUGAACAGCUUCACUCUGUUCCCAAGUAACAUCAUCGCAUUACACCACUGUCACAUUCAAUAUCAUUACUUUCAUUCCUUUUUCCGUCCAAAUUCACUUUUAUUUUUUUAAUUAUGCUUACCAAAGUACGCCUCAUUCACACUUACCAUCCAUUUUUUGAUAAUUCAUACAUAGACAGCAUAUUUUGUUACUGAAAGGUCAUUCAAUUUCGUACCAAGGUGAGUUGUUUGCUGGUGGAGCUGUCUGGGUGCCCUUCAACGUCUUGUAAGGUGUCUCUCAAAGACUAUUUUUGUAUGGACUUGAUUCUUCUUUUGAAAUAAAGAAUAUUUCUCUAUUUGGAACACCAUGUUUCCAGAUGCAGUUGUGUUGUUAUUUAAUGUAGCUCUUUCUGAUAAAAAUUCACAAAGUUC